AUGCAGGGGGCAUCAAAGGUGCUGUUGGUCCUUAUUGUGGUGGUGGUGGUGUUUCUGGCGACAAGCGCGUGUGCAGACGAGCAGGAUGAUGGGCCCGCGAGCGCAGAGAGGGAGAAGGCCCAGUUCUUUCAGCACCGCAGCGUUGACAGCGCACAGGACGAUCGUCAAAGCGAACAAGGCUUUCGCAAUCGGCGUAUCGAGGCUCUGCGACACGUCAUCGAACAACGACGCAGCCAACUGCAAGACAGAAAACGUGGGGAGGGUAGCGUCUCCGGUGUCAGGGCAACGUCCUCUUCCUCCUCAACACAAAGGACGACGACGGCAAUGGCAAGUACGACGGCCAGCACAACGACAACGAGCGAAGCAGCAAUGAAGACAAUGGCACCGUUCCAGACGCCGCUGCCUCUGGACCUCAAAGCACUCGCCAUGUCAACGGGCGGCCUGUCGUGCGCAAGCGAUUGGAAUGCCUCGCCCAUGGAUAGUUAA